AUGUGGUGGCGCUGCACACCAACGCAUGAAUGAAGCCGACACUUUCCUGACCGUAGAAGAAGACUUCCCCCCACACGACUUUGACGUGCAGCAGCGGUCCUGACCUUCCCUCCGCGGCGUGACAAACUGAAAGAUGGCCGGACGCGGGCUUGGCAUUUGGUGGAGCAAGAUGAGCCCUUACUACACUAAGGUGCACCAGGAGCUGUGGGUUGGGAUGGGCCUCAUCACAUACUGGUACUACAAAAUCUCCUAUGGGGGCAAGAAGGCUGUGAAGGACAAGCCCGCCCAUUGAGUGUUCGCCGUGCGGACCAUCCCUGCCCUCCUGUGUAAUAAUGCCCCAGUCACUAGUCCUGCUUCCAGCUUCAUAUUAGAUUUUUUUUUGUUAAUAUGGAACGAAUAAAGUUGGUAUCCAAAACACUGA